AUGUCGCCAAUAGCCGGGCUCGUGAGAGUGAGGAGAAGCGCUCCACUAGGCUUGAAGCGGUUGCUAGACAGGUCGCUAGAAGACGAGCUCGUGAAACUGACGAGGAGCGCGUUGUCAGGCUUCAAACGGUGGCUACACGUGAUUCCUAUAGACGAGCUCGUGAAACUGACGAGGAGCGCACUGUCAGGCUUCAAGCGAUGUCUGCACGUGUUUCUGACAGGCGAGCUCGUGAAACUGACGAGACAGCGACGGCUAACGCUCGGUCGGUACUCGAAGCAUCUCAUUCGCUAUCGUGACGGACGGUUUGCGCAGCAUCCCAGAUUUCGUUACUUUGCACUGAACACCACGAUGAGAUGGCGAGCUCUCGAGACAGGCCGUGUGUUUGUCAAACAGAGAAUUGGUGAAAACCAUCUGAGCGUGGAAGAACCGAAUGAGAUGGUUAAUCGAGAGCUUCAGGACUUGAUGCGUCACUAUCGGCCAAACGCUAACCAAGACAGGGCCAGUGAGAGAAUAAAGGCGGUCAUCGAAAAUCCUCAUUUGACCGAUUGGUCCUUUUUGCACAGAGCAGAAAAAUUUAUGCGAUACUUUUUGCAAAACAGUCUUGGUGCUGUAGAUUUCUGGGCACGCAUUGAGUAUCAGCACAGAGGGAGUUCUCAUUUGCAUGGUGUGGCAUGGCUGGCCGAUGCUCCACAUUCUGAUAAGAUAAGUUCAGAGUGGGCAUGCAUGCGUAGAGCAUCCGAGUCGGGCGAAGCCGAAGCCACUAGCGAACAAAUGAGAAGGGCAGAGGACAUUGCACAGGAGGUGUAUGACUUUGCCGAUGCCCCGGUAACUACGUGGAAUCCCACGUUGAAUGAAACGGGGGAGGGUCACAUGCCUCGAGCAGAAAUGCACCCCUGUCACAAACGACAUAGAGAUGUGACCGACGAAGAGCAGGAUUAUGCUGAACUAAUAGCCAAUGUGCAGAGGCAUACGAAAUGCUCAACGGCUUACUGUCUUCGCCGUGCUAAACGUAAGAGGACCUCUGCCCUAGCAGGGGACAACGAUCAUGGCAGUGAAAAGGAGCUACAGUGCCGUUUUAAGUUUCCCAAAGUCUUGUCGAGUAGAACACAUUUUGAACUACAAGACAAGCAGCCAGAGCUUGUUACGCGGCGAAAUGAUUCUCGCAUUAAUGGGCAUAACCGGGCUCGAUUGACAGGCUGGCGGGCUAAUGUUGACAUGCAGGUGUGUGUCAAUGCAGAAAUGGUGUCUAAGUACAUGACCAAAUAUGCCAGCAAGAGUGAAGGCAUGUCUGGACCUCUAAAAAAGACUUUCGAAGUUAUAGUAGAGGACUCGAAGGACGAUGAUCAUCCAAAGAAAGCCGUCCAAAAGCUAAUGACAAGGUCUGUAAUAGAGCACGACUACUCGGCACAGGAAACGUGCCAUCACCUUACGGGUGAGAAGUUAGUAGUAUGCAGUAGAACGAUUUUACGUGUAAACGUUGAUGAUCAGCGUGAAGUCGAUGUGGCACAAGAUAAACAGGCUACAAUUUCAAGUGCCAUGGACCACUACGUAAACAGGCCAAAAAGUAACGAAUUUGAAAAUCUCUGCUUUGAUGACUUUGUCACGCAGUACGAUUUCAAAAGGACGAGGCGUCUUGUCAAACGCAACAAAAAGGCUGUCAUUCGUUACGUUCCUGAAGUAAAGGCUGCACUUCCGAAUGAUUUGGAAAAGUAUGAAACUUACUGCUCUAGGCAGCUGGUAAAAUAUAAACCUUUUCGGUGCUCAGAAGAACUGACCGCUGAUUUUGGUGGUAGUGCAGUUGCUUCGUGGGAAGAAUGGCAGGGCUAUUGUUCUGACGACCUGACUCGUCAAAUUUGUUUAGCUCGGGACGUUGAAAGGGCAACAGAUCGCGACGAAGUAGAAAUCGACGGUGACAAUCUAGCACCCUGUGAUGUCGAUGAAAAUGGUACGUGCAAUAAUAGAUGGCACGCAGUAGAAGACUGGAUGGUAUUGUGUCAGUUAGAUGCCGACUUUUCAGAAUCUCCAGAGAACGAACAGGGUUCUGAUAGUAAUACCGAUUGGACAGCAUCUGCUGUGAAUUUUCCUGAUGCCCAGGAAGCCAUAACAUUUAUUGCUCGUAAUAAAUCUGAACACGGUGUAGUUGAUCAGAACGUUGACCUGAGCGACUAUAAUCCUGAUUUCUUACUAGGCAAUCGGCGAGUUGCAUACGACAUUGUCGAAUGCCAUUUCGAAAAACUUAACCGGGGUCUGUCGCCGGAUCCACUUCGAUGUGUCAUAUGUGGAACGGCUGGUACCGGUAAGUCGUAUCUUAUCGGAUGCUUUCGUUCUCUACUCAGAGGUGCAUGUUGUGUCGCUGCUCCGACAGGGGUAGCAGCAUUUUAA